AUGUCUCAAUCACCAUCAAUAGUGAUAGUCCCAGGUGCAUGGCACUGUCCCCAGCACUAUACCCGCCUCAUCAAUGGCCUCAACAAAGCCAACUACGAUGCCGUCGCCGUAGCUACGCCAUCGUACAACUCCAGCCCUCCCCAUGCCAGCUGGGACCAAGACGCGCAGGCCGUGCGUGAUGUUAUUUUAGAGAAACUCGAAAAAGGGCAAGAUGUCAUUGCUGUCGGUCAUUCCUUUGGCGGCGUUGUCAUGUCGGAGGCUGUGAAAGGGUUGGGCAAGAAAGCGCGCACUGAACAAGGUCUGUCUGGAGGUGUUAUCAGGCUUGUUUAUAUGUGCGCGAUGGUGUUACCCAAAGGCCAGACUCAUCUUGGGCAGAUGAAGCCGCAAAGUCCCGAGGAGGAGGAGCUGGAGCGACAGCGUCAGGAGAUGGCAGAGAAGCAUGGUGGGAUGCAACUUACAGAGGAUGGAGCAAUAAUCCUCCCCAAAGACAUCAUUCGUGAUGUCUUCUACAACCGCUGCGAUCCAAACGACGUGCAAGAAGCCUUGGAUCUUUUAGGCUCGUUUCCACCAGGCCCAAUGGCGGUGCCGGCGACAUACACGGCCUAUCUCGAGAUCCCGAGUACAUAUAUCGUGUGCGACAACGACAAUGCAUUGCCGGCAGUAGUGCAAGAGAGAAUCAUUGCCGAGGGCAAGGGUGCAUUCGAUGUGGAGCGAUGCGAAGAGGGCCAUUCGCCGUUUUUAAGUAAUCCGGAGUUUAUCGUGGAUUGCAUUCGCAAGGCUGCGGGGGAUAUCCAAAAUAGAUAG